UCCAAGGCACAGUAUUGUGGUUAUAUAAUGUACGGUAUGUGUGUUUUUGAGAUCCAAUGAUAAGUUUUUAGUGUUAUAUUUGUUAUUCUGACUAGAUGUUACUUUUAAAGGGACUGUGUACGCUAAUAAUGAUGAUCUGGCUAACUAUGGUUAAUUUUUUAAAUACAAAUUGCACAUAAAUGAUGUACAGUGUUAAACAGUUACAGAAAUAUACUCUUAUUUUCAUUCAAUUGGCUUGGAAAUUACAUUGUGGAUUCUAUUGUAAGAAAGUGCAGAAUCCUCUUACUUUAUAAUAUUUCCAGCUAAACUCUAAAAUGCCAUUCUAUUCAUCUUAUAGCAUUUAGAUAGCACUUUAAAAUUCACAUUAUUCACUCAUUAUGAUAUUCUAUAUGACAAAUAGUAUAUGCACGUAUGAGGAUGACAACCCCCUAGUUGGUACGCAGUAUUCAGCGCAUCGAAAAGUAUAUGCAUUCUGUAAGAUGUAAUGACAAUACUGCAGUAUUAACGCCAGUCACAUUACGAACAUGUCGGUUAUCUGCCUCGAAUCUGUGGUAAAUAUGCUAUAGCAUCAUAUGACUCAUGUCAAUUGAUUACACAUGAAGCGGUAGUUCGCUCUCUGUGUUGUGUAGUGACGAAUUGUGACUGUACUUUUUCAGUGUCAACUAUAUGAAGGAUUAAAAAAAUUAUGAUGGAACUCAGUAACAGUUAUCAGAAGAAAACAUGACAGGUUAUCAGAAGAACUCCAUCCUUCGUGUGACACUUCCUCCCCCGUGAUUUAACGACAAAUGAAAUCACAUAUAGUCGUGUCGGUCAUACAAAGAAACGAUUUCCUACAAGCCUUGGUUGUGGAUUUCUGAGCAAAAUGUCACGGACUUCAGGACGAAUUCUGUGUCAUUUGCUGUCACCGAAAACGGAAGUAGGUCGGUUCUUCGCGCAGUUGACUCACUUCAUGGGUUUCCCGGAAGAAUGUUGACGUAUUUAGACACAAGGAGAAGAUUGUAACCAUUCACAAUUCGACUGCUUUUCAGAAAUAAAACUGUUACAUAGAAGCUGGUACACUAAUACAUGUAUUACAUGUUAAGAUUAACAACUAAAAUGAAUAUGCCUUUGAAAAACACGAAACGUUUCCAAAGAACGGAAACAGUAAUAAACAAACGACUGAAAUGGUUAAUGUGUUUAUUUUCAAUCUUGAUAGUAUUUAUAGUGUGUUAUGUAGUCAUCGUGCCAGAGCAUCGCAUGACACAGAUUAUUUCUCAAAGGUAUCAUGUUGAAACAGCGGUAACAAAAAACCAUAGUAGCUUAGAAACGAGAAAACAAAGCAGCAGUUCAUAUUCUCUAUUUGAAAAUCCUUCAAAUUAUUUACAAUCGAACAGAUUUGAUGUUAUAUUCAAAAUGGUUUAUGCGUAUUUCUAUGUUUACAAGAAGCGAGUUCCGAACGUAAUACAAUAUGCAUAUACAGAACAUAUUCGGGUGUGGGGCAAUUUUACAGAAUUAUGUAGCAACACUAUAUUGUCCUGGUUCGAUGGAAAAAUACCAUGCAGAAAUAAGAACAAAGAGUCAGAUUUCAUUUUAUCAUUUCAUAAAACGAUAGAAAGCAUAAAAACGGAUGGAUUUAAUUCUAGCAGGUCGAGGAUUCCGUUGGACAAUACAGGAUUUCUUCUUAAUGGUGCACAUAGAAUAUCGGCUGCAAUAAUAUUAUCAAAGAAUGCAUGUUUUGAACAUCAAAGUUAUAAAGAGAGUUCGUAUGACUGGGGAUACAAGUUCUUUGAAGGCAAAGGAUUGUCGGAGCAGAUGUCGGAUAUGGUCAUGUCGGAAUGGAUGAAGAUCCAGUUGAAGCUUCCGUCCUUGAAGUCAUUAGUUUUUAUUGUUUCCGUAUUUUCAAACAAUCGCGGCAAAGAUGACGCUAUGCGUAAAAUUGUGAAAGAACAAUGCUCAAAAGAUAAUGGCAUUUUAUUUGAAAGAGAAAUCAAGUUCACUAAAAGUGGAAUGCGGCAAUUAAUCACUCAUAUGUAUGGGCAACAAGCUUGGCUAGAGGCACAAAUUCAACAAAUGCUUUCGAAAUUCAAUUCGACAUAUAAUGCCAUAUUUUUAUUUGUCUAUGCAAAACGCAACAGAGAUCUAGUUCAAUGUAAAAAUAAAGUAAGAAAGCUUUACAAUGAUAAAGCUUUUAAAUCCACCGCUCAAAUCCCCGAUACUAUAGAAGAGAAUGUAAUUCUUGCAGAAAUGAUACUUAAUCCAAAUUCCAUACAACUAAUGAACUACGCUAAGAAUGCGUCUGAUUGCAAAGUAAUUGCAAAAGAAGUUGCCAGUCGUUCAUCUACUGCACCAAUAAAGACUCUGCCAGGUAUACACGAGGGUAGAGAUGACGUCAUGAUUGAUUCAGGAACAGUGCUAGGAAUUUUUGGUUUGCGCCAAAGAACAGAUGUUGACCUUUUAUUUUUACACAAAGUUGACAAAGUUUUACUUGGAAAUGAUCAUGGAAUUUCUAUUCAAGCUCAUGCUUUCAAGAACAAUUCCAUUUCAAAGGGGCGCGCAUGGGGAGAAGACCAUUUUACUGACAAUGGGGCAAUGGACGAAUUGGAUUUGUUUUAUGAUCCUAAAAAUUAUGGCUAUUGUUAUGGUAUCAAAUUUGUAUCAUUGAAACAAUUGGUUAGGUACAAAUUGAAGCGAAAUGAAUCGAGAAAAGAUUCAUUCGAUGUAAAGCUCAUUAGUAAAUUUCUUGAAAUCAUUAGUUGAAAUGAUUAUCUAUUUAAUUAUCUAUCUGUCUGUCAUUCUGUAAAUUUUAAUUACCUCUAAUAACUUUAGCAUGUUAUUUAUGGAGUUAUGCAGUUGUCCCAGAACUGUUCAAAAUUUUAGUUUUCAAAGCUGGUUGUGCAAUCUAUUGGGGUUAUAUAUAUAUACAUAUAUAUUUUUAUUUUCGAAAGGUGUAUUACUGGAAUAUUAGAAUAUUUUUUUAAACAUUAGCAGAAAUAGCAAUCAAUUUGAUAAUUUUAUGCAAAUAAAAUCUACAAGAAAUUCAGGCUAUUUCAUAAUUUUAAAAUACGGUGUAUGUAUAUAAUUAAUAUUAAUGUAUGUGUAGAUACGUAUAUAAUUAUCAGCUUUGCAUCGAGAGAUAUGCACUCGUUCUUCAUCGGAGAUAUAUUGUACUCCUAAAGUCGCGCAGUAUUUUCGCUGCAGAACUUAAACAUAUUUCUCGAUACAAAGCUUAUAUCCCAUGAAUGUUAAUGCGAGAGGUUAUUUUUACUGGAAUUAUAUGUACAGCCAGAAUAUAACAAUAAAACAGAAAAUAACAAUAGGAAUAUGGUGACGAUUACCAUUGACUGAAUGCAGCAAUAUCUUUUCCUGAUUAUACUCUUAUUUCAGGAGUCAUUUAGAAAAUGUCAACCAUUUCGAUUAUUAUGGUUUGUUUAACAGAAAAGUUAAUUCAGCUGAAAAUGUAAAAUAUUGAAAAUCAAUAUUUGGUACUUACAAAUGCAGCAAGGAAUAUUUAAACAGCACCAUCUCAUUCAAUUAAAUGUUUUGUUUUUGGUAUUUGACAUUGUUUAUUGUCAUGAUUUCCAUCUGUAGGCAAGCGUAUAUAACUCUGUCAACUAUUUUGGCUGAAUUAUGAUCCUUUUUGGAUUUGGAAAUCAGUUUAUUUUUCCAUAUUUUGCCUAAACUGUUAGUCACAUGACAAUGAAACUUUGACCACUUGUUUAUCAUAGUCUACAUAUGCAGGCAAGACUACAUAACUAGGACAAGAACUUUAGCUCAGUUAUGGCUCUUUUUGACAUAGAAAUUAGUUUAGUUUCGCAUUUCAUUCCAUAUUUUGUCUAAACUGUUCGACAUAUUGCUUUGAAACUUUGAACACUUGCUUACCAUCAUGGUCACACAUUGCCAUAUAGUGCAAGACUUAUCCAAAUCCACAAAUACAGGAAAAUUGUUUGUCUAA